AUGCACCAGCCGAUCCCGUUGAUGCAUAGGAAGCUGAAAAUUUCAGAAUAUUCACCUCUCCUUGAUAAGCUAAACCGUAGAUUCAACUUCUGGGCCACAAAAUCGCUAUCCUUCGCAGGAGCAACGGACGGACGAGCUAAUGCAAAAGUCUCUUGGGAAACUGUUUGUCUUACUCUGCAAUUACGUUUGGUCUGGCUGCUCUUCUCAAACAGUAGCUCCUUAUGGGUGGCUUGGCACCGGACGCAUAACUGUCCUUCUUCAUACACCUUCUGGACACAGACAGACUCCCCACUGCUGUCUUGGAACUGGCGUUGCUUACUAAGUCUCAGAGACCUUGUUUCCAGAUUCCUUACAGCUGAUGUCCAUGAUGGAUGUAAUACAAGUUUUUGGGAAGGAACGAGAAACCUGAGGAUACGCAUUGACGCGUCCGUGGCUGACGCUUGCGCACCCGAGAUCGGACCAGGAGGUUUCUCUGCACAUCUUCCUCACAAACUUUCCUCUCCCAACGGUAGACAGAGGGUCAGACUUGUUUGGCUGGUCAAUAAAUGGAGAGCUAAGACGUCCUUCUCUUCUUCAAAGACAUGGGAAGCGCUAAGACCCAGGGCACCUGUUCAACUCGCAGCAAAACAUAUCUGGUUCAGUGGCGCAAUCCCUAAACAUGCUUUCCAUAUGUGGGUAACAAACCUUGAUAGACUACCGACGCGUAACAAACCAUAUGUGGGUAACAAACCAUAUGUGGGUAACAUACCGACGCGUUCGCGCCUUGCCUUAUGGGGAAUGCAAGUUCAAACAAACUGCUGCAUAUGCUCUUCACAUCCAGAAACAAGGGAUUACUUGAUGCUCUCUUGUCCUUAUGCGAUGGUAUUAUGGUCCGAAGCUCGACGAAAUUUCAGAGAUACUCCCCCGAUCUUCAACGAUUGGUCGGAGCUUAUGCAGUGGACGUUAUCCUCCUCUGCAAAUACACCCUCAAACCUCCGUAUGCUGGUGAUCCAAGCGCUUGCCUAUAGCAUUUGGAGACAAAGAAACAACAUGCUGCACAAACAGAAGUUGGUUCCCCCCACAGGUGGCUUUCAAGGAAAUCAACAGGCACGUCAUCAAUACAAUCUACGCUUGCAAGAAAUUUGGCUGUCUCAUGCAGUUGUGGCUCAGAUAAAAUCUUGA